AUGCCGCGGAAGAUGGCGCGCGCUAAACUCAAAAGCUCAAAAGCUCAAAAGCUCAAAAGCUCAAAAGCUCAAAAGCUCAAAAGCUCAAAAGCUCAAAAGCUCAAAAGCUCAAAAGCUCAAAAGCUCAAAAGCUCAAAAGCUCAAAAGCUCAAAAGCUCAAAAGCUCAAAAGCUCAAAAGCUCAAAAGCUCAAAAGCUCAAAAGCUCAAAAGCUCAAAAGCUCAAAGCUCAAAAGCUCAAAAGCUCAAAAGCUCAAAAGCUCAAAAGCUCAAAAGCUCAAAAGCUCAAAAGCUCAAAAGCUCAAAAGCUCAAAAGCUCAAAAGCUCAAAAGCUCAAAAGCUCAAAAGCUCAAAAGCUCAAAAGCUCAAAAGCUCAAAAGCUCAAAAGCUCAAAAGCUCAAAAGCUCAAAAGCUCAAAAGCUCAAAAGCUCAAAAGCUCAAAAGCUCAAAAGCUCAAAAGCUCAAAAGCUCAAAAGCUCAAAAGCUCAAAAGCUCAAAAGCUCAAAAGCUCAAAAGCUCAAAAGCUCAAAAGCUCAAAAGCUCAAAAGCUCAAAAGCUCAAAAGCUCAAAAGCUCAAAAGCUCAAAAGCUCAAAAGCUCAAAAGCUCAAAAGCUCAAAAGCUCAAAAGCUCAAAAGCUCAAAAGCUCAAAAGCUCAUGA